CAUAGAGAGGAAGAUGCAGUUUUAUAGCUCAUAAAAUGUUCUCAAUGUUUUAUUUCCUUAGUGGAGGAAAACCCUAUGCACAUCGAUGCAUCGAUGUACGCCCUCCGAUGCUUUGACAAAUAACGAUGUAAGCUUCGAUGUAUCCAUGCGAGGAAAAACAUCGAUGUAUUUUUGCUACUGACUGCCCUACCCUACCAACGCUUUUUUCUGAAACUGCGAUUUCACAGAUUUUGAUAGGAUGUAUUAACAUACAACCAAAUGGAAUAAAUUAAAAUACGCAAUACAAAAAUACGCUCAUCAAAUGAAAUAAAUUACAUAGAAUAAAAAUUGCAAUGCAGUGUGCGGUGUGGAAUUGUGUAAGCCAACGCAGGGACCCGUCUGAAAGAAGAGCUUUUUUCCGUUUCCCGAAGGAUCCUAAACAGCAAGAAAAAUGGUUGAAGUUUUGCCGGCGAUCUAAAGAUUUUAAACCAAAAACGUGGAGAAUUUGUAUGGACCAUUUUAAAGAGGAACACAUUAUAGGGAAGUUAGCUUUUGUUUUGGGACUACAAACCAGAAGACGUUUGCAGCCCGGCGCCGUUCCAUGUAUAUACACAACCGCUCAGCAGCAGUUGAAGAAACUGGAAGAGGAAAAACAAAAAGCGAUACAUAUUUUAGGUGACUUGCCAACAUCUAGUGCAACAGUUUUGAAGCCGCAGACAGACGCAGCCGUAUUAGCCGCAAAAAAUGCAUGCAAAAUAGAAGUAGGUAUGCGACCAUCGAGUGCUCUUUCCAAGCCGCUCUGCCCAGACGUAGCUGUAGUAGCCGCAACAAAUGCAUGCAAAAUAGAAGUAGGUAUGGGACCAUCGAGUGCUCUUUCCAAUCCGCUCUCUCCAGACGCAGCCGUUGUAGCCGCAACAAAUGCAUGCAAAAUAGAAGUAGGUAUGGGACCAUCGAGUGCUCUUUCCAAUCCGCUCACCCCAGACGCAGCCGUAGUAACCGCAACAAAUGCAUGCAAAAUAGAAGUAGGUACGGGACCAUCGAGUGCUCUUUCCAAGCCGCUCACCCCAGAUGCAGCCAUAGUGGCCGCAACCAAAACAUGCGAGACAGGUACACAGACAUCGCCCACAACAAUUUACAACCCAGUCAUAUAUAUGAUCGUCUGCGUAAAAUCGCCCUAAGCAAAAUUUUUAAGUGUUAGCACUAAAAAUAAUGGAGUUACAUGCCCCCUGCCUGUUUUUGAUACUCUUUUUACUUGUGGUUGCCAUUGGAAUGAUUUUGUUUCCAUUUUUGUAAAGUUGCUUACAAAUCUAUAAAUUUAGCUUCCAUUUUUUAAGAUGAAUAAAUCUUUCUUUGGCCUUCAAACUUAAAAAAAAAACAUUAAGCAGCAAACUCAAAAAUUUUCGCAUUUUGAAGAAAGAAAAACACCAAAUUUAUAGGUCGAUUACGGAUAGCAACGCAACCACGGUUCGGUUGCCAGCUGAUAACGCAACUGGAAAGAAAAUUUGUAUUACAAAUGGCAACUGUUGUCAGUUGCUGUAGAGUUAUCGAUAAUCGGAAUUUGGCAGUUCGACAACCGGCAAGUGGCUGUAAAGAAGCUGUGCGAGUAAAUUUAUAUUAUUAAACAAAAGACUUUUAAAAAUAAAGCUGAGUUCAUCAAAAUUAUUUGUUUAAGAGGAAUAGAAGUGCAUAAACGCGGCCUCAAUCAGGCGACAUUUAAAGGAUAAUUUCAAUCCU